ACCACAGGCGUUGGAGACCAGAGGAGAGCUGAAAGGUGCUCUCUCUCUCUCUCUCAAUUUAGCAAAGGAAGAGACCUUCUACUUGCUUCUACAGCACUCUUAUAAAUCUAGCAAAAGUCUCUCUUUCUCUCUCUCUCUCUGCGUGACGAUUUCUGUGUCAUAUCUCAAUGUUGCCUAGACUUGAAAGGAGUCUCACUCUGCAUCUUCUUUAGCAGUACUCUAUAUAAGACUCGGGUUUUCCUGAGUGGGUUCUGAGGGAUACCCAGUUGAUAAUUUUCCCGGAAAAUGGAGAAUUUCCCAGGAAAAAAGAGACCCGCGAUCAACCUUUCCCUUUUCACCACUCUCUCAGAGUCGUUUUCCUUGGACAAGUCUCCGAGUCCCUUGAAAUCUCCUAGGAAUUUCCAGGGAGACGUGGUUGGGCUUGGCAUAGUGGCUGCCAUGACCGAUUUGAGCCACAAAAUCUCGGCUAAUUCAGCGGUGGUGUCGCCCAGAUCGACACCGAUCCCCAUCGUGUCGUCUGCGAAGGCAGCCGCGAAUUUCAGAGGUCCAGUGAAUGAUAAGGAGAGAGAUGAGGAGGUGGAUGAGUUGUCUGAGAGCUAUACUUGUGUGAUUUCGCAUUUGGGGAGCAACGUGGUUGAGAAGCGCGUGUAUUUCGAUGAUAAGCUUAAUGGGGUUGUUGGUGAUUGCUGCGGUGCUGCUUGUGUGGUGAACGACAGUGGGGUCAUAGUGUUCUCUGCUUCCCCCGUGAAUAUUGGUGAGGCCAGGAUGGAGUUUUGGACUGCUGAUUUUCUUAGUUCUUGCUAUCUUUGCAAGAAGCAGCUUCUGGGGCUGGACAUUUUCAUGUACAGAGGGGAAAAAGCAUUUUGCAGCGGCGAGUGCCGUGACAAGCAUAUUAGAAGCGAUGAUUACAAAGAGAAGUGUGCAUCUGGAGCUCUGAAGCCACCACUUGAUUGCUCUGUCUCGCCGUGCUCUGGCCCGCUGGUGUUCUUCGCUGGGGUUGCUGCGGCAUAGACAUUCUGGAGCACUGAAGCCACUACUUGAUUACUCUGUCUCGCCAUGCUCCGGCCCGCUGGUGUUCUUCGCCAGGGUCGCUGCCGCACAGACAUUUUUAUGAUACUUUUACGUAAAUAAAAUGGAAGUAAAGGACGUGAAAGGGUGUCCAAAUAAAGUGUUAUCACCGGCACAAUAAACAGUAGAUAAAAUUUGAGAGGGUUUGAGCAAGUUGUAUCUAUAUUCUAUAUUGAACGAAAAUCCUGAGAUGGGAAUACUUUGAUUAGAGAAUAUGGAUAUUUGUUUGAACCCAAAAGAGGGUACCAUAUGUAAAUUUUCAAUUUGCAAUAUAUUAUAGUUAUUAUAGUCACAA